AUCUAGAACUCAUCGUCAUGAAACAUCGUCAUCCUAUAGAAAUCGUCGCAUCAACCUCAACAUUUUCCUUCUUUAUAUAUGCAACUCAUCAUCAUCGAAUAGAAACCUACACUAUCUCCGGGGUGGAGAUAUACAGGAGGAGUAACCUAAAUAUUAACAAUCAUCUCUCUCUCUCUCUCUCUCUCUCUCUCUCUCUCUCUCUCUGUUGGAGGAAUGUGCUGCAAUUGUUGCUUGUUAGUAUGAUUGUGCAAUUUUAUCUGUAAACUUAUUUUCUGAGUUAAAAACAGCGAGAGAGAAUGCGGGGAUUUGGGGGAAGAUUCUACUGGGGGAAGCGAAGAGGAGGAGAGGAAGAAAGAAGAAGAGGAAUAGUGGUUGUAUUCGCAUGGAUGUCAAGUGAAGAGAAGAAUUUGAAGAAACAUGUUCAUCUUUACUCCUCUCUUGGUUGGGAUUCCCUUGUAUGCCAUUCCCAAUUUCUUAAUAUGUUCUUCCCUGAUAAGGCUAUUCCUUUGGCAUUGGACCUUCUAAAUGAGCUUAUUAAGGAGCUAAAAGAAAGGCCAUGCCCGGUUGUCUUUGCGUCUUUCUCUGGUGGCCCCCUAACUUGUAUGUACAAAGUUUUGCAGAUAAUCGACUCAAAGUGUGAUACUCAUGGAAAUCUGGAGGAUUAUCAAGUCAUUAGAAAUUGUAUUUCCGGACAUAUGUAUGAUUCAUGUCCUAUCGAUUUCGUAAAAGAUUUGGCCACCCGAUUUGUUCUUCACCCAAGCGUUCUUAAAGUCUCACAUCCUCCUAUAAUAUUAACAUGGAUUGCAAAUGGUAUCUUAUCUGGCCUAGAUGCUUUGUGCCCUGAGAGAUGGGAAUCCCAACGUGCAGAAUAUUGGCACACUUUGUAUUCAACUAUAGGAAUUGGAGCACCAUAUCUAAUACUUUGCUCAGAAAACGACGAUAUUGCUCCUUACCAAACCAUCUCCAACUUUGCUCAGCAAUUACAAAGCCUUGGUGGCGAUGUCAAUUUUGUAAAAUGGAGUAGCUCCGCUCAUGUAGGUCACUAUCGAUAUCAUUCGGAAGAGUACAAGGAUGCUGUAACCGAGCUCCUAACAAAAGCUGUAUCUAUUUACUCACAAAAAACUGAACAUGGUAAUGGUAGUGGGCCCUCCAAUGGUUCCACCUCCUCAGAAAUGCUACACCAUUUAGAGGAACCGGUAUCUUUAGGCAUGAGACAUUCACACUCCAAUCCUAUACAAUGCAUCCAGAGAUCGAGACUGUGAUGGAUUUCAAACCUGGGGUUUUAACCUGAAAUCUACAUAUACAUAAAAGCGUAUGUUAUAGAGUUUUGUAUACUAUUUACUUUGGUUCUUAUGAUUUUGACAUUCUUGCCUUUUUUUGGCUGUGAGCAAGGUGUAUUUGUCAUCCAAACUAUUUUUUCUAAAUUAAAAAAAAUGUUACAUUUA